GCGGUAUUAGACUUAAAGCCAUUCACACAAAAUACCUCUGCGAAGACAGUUGUGUCAAGCGAAAUAAAGGACGAUGACAAAAUUAUUAUUUUUUGUUGGUUUGUGUAUGUGCUAUCAGGGGACGCUGCAACUAGUGCCCUUGCCGGACUUCAUCCAUCCAUGUGCAGAGCUAACAGACGAAUGCUUUACCAAAGCAACCAUAGAUGCAAUACCAGGUGUGGUCAAAGGUAUUCCAGAAGCGGGGAUUCCACCUUUGGAUCCCCUAUACUUGGAUAAGAAUAUUACCAUGGAUCUCCCAGGAAAUGUCAAGAUGACUUUUCACAAUGGAAAGCUGUCUGGAUUAAGUACUUGUCACCCAGAUAAAGUGUCAUCUCGGCGUGAAAAGAGAACAUUUGUCUUCGAUAUGCACUGUAACUUCACGAUCAGAGGACAAUACAGCAUUGCUGGAAGAAUAUUACUUUUUAACCUUAACACCGACGGAGAUGCGAAAAUUAAAAUUUGGAAUCAGCGUGUGCGUUUGGAGGUUUACGAAAAGGUUGUCAAGGAGAAUGAUGGAGAAUGGCACUACAAAAUAAACUCAUACAAAUAUAAGGCUGAUUACGGAACGGAUUUAAAACUAAACCUUACUAAUUUAUUUAGAGGCAGCCCUGAAAUUAGUGCAAACAUUCUCGAAGUUCUAAAUUCGAAUUCCCAACUGGUGGCUCAAGAAUUUGGAGGCCCUAUUCUGGACUACGCCAUAGAUUAUGCAAUGAACGUGACACAACGCUUCUUUAGCACGUACACAUACAACCAAAUCAGCCACGUACCACUAUCAGAUGAUUUCUUCGAGAAGAGUUAAAUAUCAUUGAAAUAAUUUAGUAUUAAGGGUUUAAAAAUAAGGAAGAUUAUUCUUUAAUUUAAUAAAGUAUAUUAAUAAUUUAAAAUUUUGGUAGAUAAAGCGAAAAAAAUGCGUAAUGUGUCUAUCUAGCAAUGUUGUGUCAUCUUUAACUGGUAGGUAGGUGGUCAAAAGUCAACCCAGUUAUGUUAUAUAUUGCAAAAAAACGGGAAAACAAUAUAAAACAAAUAAUCGAUUUUGCAACGCAACAAUAAACUCGCGUUACGGUGUCCGUCACAUUAAAAAUUAUCUUUGAAUGUACAUUAUAUAAACUAUUUAUUAAAGUAGAAAAGUGACAAUAAUAAAAUGUCAACUUAUUUAUCUCAUACUUACAAGUAUCCAAAAUCAAAGAUUAGUUACAUAAGUAUACGAUUGUUAAACAAAUAAUUCGACGAAAAAACAUCUUUAACAAACACAUCAGUAUUAGUUUCACGACACCACAAUAACGUAAUGUUUGGUAUGGCCAUGACCAGAACUACAGAAAUGUUCCAGAAUAUACCUGAAUGACAUAACACAUUGCAUACUGUUUAUGUAUAACGCAAUAUCUGACGAAACUUUUUAGCAGGUCAAAGUGUAUACAUGUCUAUAACUGAAGUAUUAAAGUAUUUUGUUA